CAGGCCUGAGACGUGUCCACCGGCCGGCCCCCCAUGCUUCCCACUCCGUGCAAGCCGCUCGUCCACCGCUGCUCGCAGCCGGCGGCGGCCGUGGACACCGUCGGCGCAGCGUCACGACGUCGCCGCCACCGUCCUCUCUGCGUGGCAUCGGGCCCGAUAAGCGCGUCGGUGGCGGCACAGCGGAGGAGGGCCGACGCGGUGGCGCGCAUGCCACCGCUGGCGCACCGGGAGGUGAUGCUGGCGCUGACGGGCGUGGCGGAGGCGGUGCUGGGCGCGCGCCUUCUGCCGUCCGAGGUGCCCGCGGACGUCGCGGAGUUCCGCAACGCCACCGGGAACGCACUCGGCUCAGUGGACGUGCGCCGCGGCGUGCCCGGAUCGUCGGUACCCAGAUUGCCGACACAAAAAAGUGUCGGCAAAGGCACCAAAAGUGGCGGCAAAGAUUUUUCAAGGCAUAAAAAAAAGUGAUGCGUUU